AAGAUGUUGCUCGACGAGAACCCGGCUACGCUUAUCCACCACACCAUCGGAAACUUCAACAUCCACCCCGACAAACAAGCCGUCACCCGCAUCAAUGACUCCCUCUCCACCCUGCAGCAGUCGCGCGACCUGCGCAUGCGCGAGGCCGAGUCCGCCAUGCGUAAACUCUCCCGCAAUCUGCACUCCCGCCUGACGCAGCACGAGGAGGCCGUGUCGGCCCACGACUCGGGCAAACAUGCCGCGGAGAUGGUCGAGCUGGACACGAAGAAGUUCCGCAUCGCCAAGGCGGCCACGGAGCUGGAGAUUGAGAGCGAGCGGCUGGAGAGUGAGCUUGAGGUGCUGAAAGAACGACUGGCGGAUCUGGAAGCGCAGGGUCUGGAGGGAGAUGAGAUGACCCGGCGGGAGAGGGAGAUGGAUGAUUCGACGAUUCUUCGUCUGAAAAUUUUCCGCUCGCUCGGAAUCGAUAUCGAGCCCGAUGAGGCUGGCAACUUCAAUCGUGCGGUCAUCCGGAACAGUCGCAAAGGAGACGUGCAUGUGGUCAAUAUCGAUUCGAAGUUCUCGCGCUUCUUCUACGCCAAUUAUUUCUGGUCGACGAUGCAGGGAUAAUUUCGUCUAGGGAGACAUGGUGUUGAUGGUAUAGGCGUUAGGUUACGAUGCGACGAUUGCGGUCCUUGAUAUACCC